UAUUUUAUUACAAAUUCCCACAUCCAAAAAUCUCAUCCCCAUAACAUGAAACGUGAAUAUGUAGAACCCAAAAAUGAAAACCCCAACGCCAUGUACUCCACGCUCCACCACCAAAACCACCCUUUCUCUCAUCACUUCCAGCUCUCUCGCGACUCUCAAAUCCUCGAAUCCGAUGACAUCGCCACCUCCGCCUCCAACAGCCACCGCUCCUCUCUCCCCAGUGGCGGAGGUGGCGAUGGUUCUAUGGAAGUCAUUCGUAGACCUAGAGGUCGUCCUCCGGGUUCAAAAAACAAGCCCAAACCACCCCUCGUCAUUACUCGUGAAUCCGACCCUUCGAUGAAUCCUUACAUUCUCGAAAUCCCUGGAGGAAACGACGUCGUCGGAGCUAUCUCCCGCUUUACUCUUCGGAAAAAUAUUGGCAUUUGCGUGCUUACUGCUUCCGGUGCCGUUUCCAAUGUAACGCUCCGUCAACCUUCGAGCACUCCAGGAGCUACCGUAACUUUUCAUGGUAAAUUCGACAUAUUAUCUCUCUCCGCCACUCUCCUCUCCCAGGUGACGUCGUGUCACGUGCCCAACACGUUCUCCAUCUCCUUAGCGGGUCCUCAAGGGCAGGUCGUCGGAGGGUUCGUCGCUGGUUCCUUGGUAGCAGCUGGCACGGUGUUUAUAGUAGCGGCUACGUUUAACAACCCUUCAUAUCAUCGGUUACCUGGAGGAGGAGGAGAAGAAGAAGAAGAAGGGAGGAAUAUGGUGUCGUCAGGUGGUGGCGGUGAAGGACAGUCGCCGCCCUUGUCUGGUGGCGGGGGAGACAGUGGUCACGGUGGUGGUGGGGGAGAUUCUUCUGGGGUUUCGAUUUAUAGCUGUCAUUUGGGUGGUCCGGAUGUAAUUUGGACUCCAACGGCUAGACCACCGCCGCCUUAG